UGGCAGAGGGGGGUGGAGGACACUGAGUGGAGGCCAGUGGAGGGAUUGGCAGAGGGGGGUGGAGGACACUGAGUGGAGGCCAGUGGAGGGAUUGGCAGAGGGGGGUGGAGGACACUGAAUGGAGGCCAGUGGAGGGAUUGGCAGAGAGGGGUGGAGGCCAGUGGAGGGAUUGGCAGAGGGGGGUGGAGGACACUGAAUGGAGACCAGUGGAGGGAUUGGCAGAGAGGGGGUGGAGGACACUGAGUGGAGGCCAGUGGAGGGAUUGGCAGAGGGGGGGUGGAGGACACUGAGUGGAGGCCAGUGGAGGGAUUGGCAGAGAGGGGGUGGAGGACACUGAGUGGAGGCCA